AUGUUUAGCGAAUUAGCGAAGGAGAUGGAAAACGCAGCUCCGGGAGUGAAGGUGGGUCGGGUCAUGACUCAGGUUUUCGUUCUGAUGUUCCUUCUUCAAUGUGUUCAUUCCCGAACGUCACGUUCUUCUUAUUGCAGAAACAAGCUAAACAUCAUUAAACCGGGACAAAAGCUCGCACCUCCCUCAGUUACGCUAAACAAUAUUGCUCCUAACCAGGUGGUCGUUGAUAACGGUAUCAUCCAAGUUACAUUCUCGAGUCCACAAGGCUUAAUAACCGGAAUCAAGUACAAGGGCUUCGCCAAUGUGUUGAACGACGAAAUUGAUCGUCGCGGAUUCGAUUUUAUGGCUGUAUCAGAUGAUCGGCAGAAAAUAAUGCCUUCUGCAGCAGAUCGAGACAUCACCGAUGGUGCUGCAAGUCCAUUAGCUUACAAAGAAGCUGUUCAUUUGAUAAAUCCAGGAAAUCCUAUACUUAAAGGACAGGUUGACGAUAAGUAUAUGUACUCAAUGGAAGACGGAGACAACAAAGUACAUGGUUGGAUUUCUUCGGACCAACGUGUCGGCUUUUGGAUGAUUACUCCCAGCGAUGAGUUCCGUGUCUGUGGGCCCAUCAAACAAGAUCUCACCUCUCAUGUGGGACCCACCACCCUCUCAGUCAGUCCCACCUCUCUGAACAAAUUCUUUUGA